GUUUCUUUUCUUCUUUUUUUCUCCCUCUCGAUUUAUUAAUAUUUUAUCAUGGGUAAAGUUCACGGUAGUUUAGCUCGUGCCGGUAAGGUCAAGUCUCAAACCCCCAAGGUUGCCAAGCAAGAAAAGAAGAAGCAAUUGACCGGUCGUGCCAAGAUGAGACAAGUCUACAACCGUCGUUUCGUCAAUGUCACCAACCAAGUCGGUGGUAAGCGCAAGAUGAACCCUGCUCCUACUGCUGGUCCUUAAAUGCUUCGAUUCUCUACACCAAACAAAUAGCAACAACAACAAAAACAACAACAUUCUAGUUUAUAUUCUUACUUUUAUGAAAUAAAACAAACUUGUUUUUGACUUUUGUAUUGACA